UGGCCUGUAACAUGAGUAAAAAAUUAAACUGUAGGCUGUACUCCUCAUACUGACCAACAUUUGUUCAGCAACUUUUAAAAAUAACUUGUAGUUUGAUUUUUAAUACACUUUAAAGUUUAUUCUAAGACGCAAUGUAAUGCGAAUUUUGUUAUGUUUAAGGUGUGACAAGCAACGUCAAUCACAAUGAUAUGGCGUGGCGAUGGCGUCCAUUGAAGAUAAUAUUUAUUUUGUAUGAAAAAUAGGGAGUCUAAAUACUUCAUAAUUUUUAAAAGUUGUUGAACAAAAUGUCACCGUUUGAGGAGUACAAUCUAGGUUUUAAUUAUUUGCUCGUGUUACAGGCCACACCCGGUACCUAUUACCUCCUAUUUAUAAACAAACCCUAAGUUACUAUAAUAAUAUCUAUAAAACAGAUGAUCACCGACUCUAUUUGGCUUUACAUGCGUAUAAUGUGACUUUCAGAUUGAAGCAGAUUUUGACGCUAUGCAUCCGCAUUGCGAACUUAAUUUGUUUAAAAAAUGGCCAUCAUUUAUGGAAAAAGCAAGACCAAUACUGAAAAAUCUUAAAUCACCGGACAUAAAUUUACUGGAUGAAAACCUUCAGGAAGAUGCCACGAACUACAUUUUCUUCAAAUUAAUGUCGUGCAAGAUGUCGCCUACCGUUAAAGUGCCAAUCAAAGAAAAUGGAAAAAAAAGAUUUUACAAACCCAGCAUUGUGGAGUCGCAGAAUUCAUUUAUUUUACACGUUACGAACCAGAGUGAAAUCAAAAAUAAACUGGAGCAAUACCAGAAAAUGCAUCUAUCCAGAGGAACCACCUUCCAACCGCUGGUGAUUGCCGUCGGACCAACGAGCAAGGACUUGAAGGAUUUUUACGUAGCGGUUGAGUCAGUUCUCUACAAGGUAGAUCAACUGCUAAAAGCUGUCGACGUGUGUUUCAAAGUAAUUCACGUAACCAACGUUCAAUACCCGCUAGAAUGUUUAAGUAUAUGGUCAUUUAUCCAAAAAUAUUUUUAUAACUUGCACAACAAAAAUGACAAGAAAAUUUCUUCCGUCUAUUGCUUUAUAUCAGAUCUGACUGACUAAUUGAGCAUCUUUCAAGGACUUAAGAAUUUUUGUGACUAUAGGGAUAAUAGUCUAGUAACAAUGUUUAUUUGCUUCAUGUGUUCGAUCGAAACAGCAAACCAUCAAGAUCUUAUUCAUCAUUACAAAACUAGUCACAAUCUCGGUCAUAACUCGAUAUAUCGAUGUGCACAAUCGAAUUGUUUCAGAGCAUUUCAAAGUUUGCGUUCCUUUCGUCGUCAUAUAGUUAGUCAUAAUGUCUCGGACCGGAAUAUAUAUUCAGAAUUAGCCCCGUCGCUUAAUUUUAACACUGAUAACAUGAUCGAAAAUUACAAUAAUUUAGACAUAACAGAUAAUACUCAGGAUUUUUGUAAUGUAAAUUCACCCACAACCUUUUUAGAUACUUCUGCGUCAAGGGCACUUGCACCCACAGUAGGUUAAGUUUUUAAAUGCAUGAGAAGAUACCUAGCAUCUCAUUAAUAUAACAUAUACUUUUAAUCUAUUUUUUUAUCUAUUACUUGUACUAGAAGAUAUUAGGUUAUAGGUUCGCUUACGAGUAGACUACAGCGUGUGAAUUUUCGUUAGUGUAACUUGUUAUUUAUGGAAAAAGCUCGCUAGGGUCCCCUUGACCCGUAAUAUGGUGAAAAGAUUUGCUGGCUAUGGAUGAGGCCUUGGUGGCUCAGAUGGCAGCGCGCUGGAGUAUCGAUCCAGAGGCCGUGAGUUCAAGUCUCACACAAGAGAAUAAUUUUUCCACUUAUCAAAAAAAAGUUUGUCAAAAAUGACCUUUUUAUUUAUUAAGAGUGAUCAAUGUAUUGUGGGUACCUAUUUGAUUUCUGGUUUUUAUAAUGCAGGGUCCUUUUUUGAGUUUUAAUUUUACUCGAUUUUUCUUAGUUUGAGAACCAUGUACAAAUUCUGGAUUAAACUUGUCAUGCUUAACUGUGCGUGAAAAUGGUAUCUGAAGAAGAUGAAGAAGACUUUAAUAUAAACACUCACUACGCUCAGGAUUCAUAUUUAUUUACACUUCACUAUAUUAAUUUUGUACUAAGCAGAAACGUCUGCAAGCGAAAUUUCAAUUUUAUAAUUGAAAGAAAAAAUGGAAAUGUUCACCGCGUUGAGAUUAUUUGAUGUAAUUUCUCGAGCCCAGUCUUGAAUAAUAUUCUCUCCUUGAUAUUUGGGAUCAGCUCUUUCAGCUCGGGAUCCUGAAUUUUUUCCAUAAGUUUUAAAGUUAUGUCAUUAUCUGAAAGUUAGUUACUUACUUAGAUAAAUAUGGUAGGACUUCCUUAAGUUGAGUUUCGUAGAAUUACAUUUCUUGUUUUGUAAACCCCAAAAGACACACAUAAUUUUAUUUAUAUGAGCCUAGAGUGUCCCACUGCUGGGCAAAGGCCUCCCUCCUCCCUUUCCACGUAUCCCGGGUACCGUCCUCGAUAUGACGUUAAACUGUCGUGCACUUUUAAGUGUAUUCUACCAAAUCAGGGCGCAUUUAAUAUUAGUGCGGCCUAGUUUGGUCUACUGGUGCUAAGACAGGGUAUCAGUUUAGGGUGGCAGCGGAUGAACAUCUAGUAUGUCAACGGUGGCGCCCACGAGCCGAGUUAGCAGGCUUACGGUCUACUCACCAACACGCACUGGACGAGCGUGGUGAGGUAAACGUCCAAACCCCUCCAACAUGAAACGAAUGAAACACAUAAUCAUUUUUACUAUUCUCUAUCUCGGGCAUGACAAGUUUAAUCCAAAAUUUGUACAUUCUCAAACUAAGUAAAAUUAAAAUUCAACAUACAUAACCUACCUUCCUGAAGGUUUUCAUCCAGUAAAUUUAUGUCCGCUGAUUUAAGAUUUUUCAGUAUUGGUCUUGCUUUUUCCAUAAAUAAUGGCCAUUUUUUAAACAAAUUAAGUUCGCAAUGCGGAUGCAUAGCGUCAAAAUCUGGUUCAAUCUGAAAGUCACAUUACGCACGUAAAGCCAAAUGAUCAUCUGUUUUAUAGAUGUUAUUAUAGUCACUAGGGUUUGUUUAUGAAUAGGAGGUAAUAUAUACUUAAAAAAAAACUGAAAUGGUCAUAUUCUGAAUACCGAUGAAUCCAAGUAUAAUACAAAAAGCAUACCAAUUUAUAUCCUAGACUCGCCUUAAGGCUAGGCCAUUCUGUAAGAAUAUCCUGUAUUGUAUUUUUUUCUUCACCAUUUUAUGGUGCAUUAUCCGCAUGUCAUAAAGCAAGUAGGACCUUUGAGACUAAUAUGGUGUAUGAGGGCUACUUGCACCAUUCACUAACCCGGGGCUAACCGGUUAAAUCUGGAGUUACGAUGGUUACCAGUGCAAUUUGCCAGUGGGUUAACAGUUUAACCAAUUAACCCCGGGCUAGUGGAAUGGUGCAAGUGGGCGUUAAACGGCUACUGGAGUUCCAAGUUACGUUUCUGCUUGUUAAAAUUGAAAAUUAGAGCCAAAUGAUCAUCUGUUUUAUAGAUGUUAUUAUAGUCACUAGGGUUUGUUUAUGAAUAGGAGGUAAUAUAUACUUAAAAAAAAACUGAAAUGGUCAUAUUCUGAAUACCGAUGAAUCCAAGUAUAAUACAAAAAGCAUACCAAUUUAUAUCCUAGACUCGCCUUAAGGCUAGGCCAUUCUGUAAGAAUAUCCUAUAUUGUAUUUUUUUCUUCAGCGAUAAAUGCCGCUCUGUAUUUUCAGGCCCCAAUUCCACAUCGGU